CACCCGAUCAAAAGGGGGUCUGCAUCUGCAACUUGGCUUACGGCUUACGGUAUAUGUACUCAAUUCUGCAGCAUCUGGCGCCUCGUAUUGUGAUCCGCCUCCUAUAUACUCUCUCUCUCCUGCCUCUGUACUCCUGCCCCCCGCCCAUCUUGCACCAUGCUCCUCCGCCUCCUGCCCACCCCCACGCCCGACAACCCCUCCCCUCUCACCAUCCUCUUCACCCUCCCCCUGCCGACCCACCCCUACACCUCCCGCUCCCUGCCCCUCCCCCCCGCCCUCCUCUCACAUCGCAACCUCUGCGUACAGGAAAACGUCGAGUGCCCCAACAUCCUCCUCGGCGAGUGCGCUAGCUGGGUCGCAGGCAUCAUUGACGAUGUCACCUUUUCCCUCCCACUCCUCACUAUCGCAGUCAACUUUGUCGACGGCACCUCCAUGACUAUGCCCAUCACCGACGACUGUGUCAAGCGCCUCGACAGUGUGGUCGACCAAGUUCAAAUGUCGUUUGCUACCACUGCGCCCAGUCCAGUAGCCGGCACAAGAACAAGUUUGAGCUCUGCCGGCUCCUCGUCAGCAUCAGUCUACAACGAGGCAGGAAAUAACGUACCGCGUCGUUCUUUCUUGUACAACAUUCUUUCACCCCUUCUACCAAGCUCGCCUCAGGUGCAGUCUCAGCCUUCACCAUGCGCGCAAACAGUAUCGUCUGCCUCUGCCCGCGUUCACAGGCGUCUGGCGCGCUCCAUCCUCGUCGACACGUACCGCUGCUACGUCCUGCCAGUCUUGAAGGAGAACCUGCCAUCGGCCUACUUGCCUUGGUCCAUCCAGUCCGAGUGCAACAGAAUGUCUGCCCAGUUUGAAAAGCUUCAGUCGGAAAUCAACGCUUUGCUUGCCAAGUCAAAGUCGGUCGAACCUAGGGAACUUGCAUCCUCAAGGAGCCGCUCCACGUCGACCUCUUCUGACCAUGCGUCGUCGUCCUGCUCCGACUCAGAGUGCUCGUCUACCAACGCCACCUCGGUCGACUCUCUGCCCCCACGUGCCACCCCGCAAUCAUACCUCGUCUCCCUCCCACCCGUCCACUCCUUGCCUUCUGGCUUGCGCACCCAGUACACCUUCCUUCUCUCCCGGCUCACCAAGAUCGCAUCACGCACGAGCCAGCUGCGCAAGCUCGGGAUGCGGUACGACAGAGAAGACGGUAGGCGCGCGUGGCUCGAAAACCUCGAGCGUGGCAGGUUGGCGGACAAGGUCGUGCGCCGUUCGUGGGGCAACCUCGAGCUGCCGCUCAGUAUGCGCAGCAGCUACGCCUCGGUACCCCAACAAGGGACGAGGCUUUGGCGAUCGGUGACGGCAAAGGAUGUCGAGCGCGAGAGGCAGGAGCGCGAGGCGAGGUCAAGGUUGAUGGCGGACACGCCGUAUGCCUUUGGCGAGGAGGAUGAGGAUAGCGAUGCCGCGUCGUUUACCAGCGAGGACGACUUGCCCGUCACGCCCACCACCAAGCCCACCUUUCCCCUCAUCCGUCCCGUUAUGCCUGCCCAUACCGAGCAAGGCUGCGAGCCUGGUAGGCUCUACGUCUCUGUCGAAGACUGUGAGCCAGAGUCGCCCGUCAAAUCAAGAGUGGCUUCCCCACCACCUCUUAUCCACUCUACUCCCAACAGCCGUGUCGUAUCCUCCUUCAACGAGUACCGCGCGUCAUGGGAAGAUAAUCCCGUCGUUGGCAAAGUCACUUCCGCGAUGGAGAGUCUCAUGCUCGCGGGGCCGUUGAUCAAGGCCAAAUUGGCUGUCGCGGAAGAGGCGGAUGGGAAUGGCGAAGUGCAGAUGGAGAGGUUUUAUGGGCAAUGCGGGCUGCAUGUCUGAUGCCUUCUUAUAUAUAUACGUGCUUCAUUUUGGAGGCCGAUAAAAAUAGUGCUUCCUUUGCUUCGCGGGAGCGGUUAGUCUUCAUUUUGAGUUUGGUUCUUUGUUGGGAAACAUACUUCAUCAUCGUCAUCUCUAUUGGUCUCUACAUCUGACCACAUUUGGACAUUCUAUCUAUGCUUUUGGACAUUUUAUCUAUGCUUUGACAGCUGUAUCAAGUUGCUAUAAUAAUUGUUUAUAAUCAUCACAUAGGCUCGUUUUCAAAAUUCACGACGACUGCCAGCCGUAUAGAGUAGUCUUCCCUACAUCUCAUAACCUUCUCCUUGUCAUUUACCGCUCGGCAUUUUCUUGACACGCUCUUCCCACGUUGUUAUUGCAUUCAAAAGUGAAAAGGUGUUUGUAGAGCCUUGUAAAAAAAUGAAUCCGUUACGCAUCA